CUGAUAUUCGUUUAUUUCUUCGUAAAAUAAUCUUAGAAACAAUUGACGAAAUUUCAAUCCUUCUAUCCUCUUAUUUAUUAAAUAUUUUCUAUUUAUUUUUUUUUAAUAUCUUUUGAAAUUUUUCUCUCUUGAUAAUCUUAGUUAGCUCUUAAUUGACGAAAUUUCAAUCCUUCUAUCCUUUUAUUUAUUAAAUAUUUUCUAUUUAUUUCUUUUUAAAAAAUAUCUUUCGAAAUUUUUCUCUCUUGAUAAUCUUAGAAAUAAUUGACGAAAUUUCAAUCCUUCUAUCCUCUUAUUUAUUAAAUAUUUUCUAUUUAUUUCUUUUUAGAAAAUAUCUUUCGAAAUUUUUCUCUCUUGAUAUUCGUUUAUUUCUUCGUAAAAUAAUCUUAGAAACAACCGACGAGAUCGAAUUUCAAUUCCAUCCUCUUAUCUACCAAAUAUUUUCUUUUUAAAAAUAUCUUCGAGAGAUUUCUCUCUCUUUCUCUCUUCAUAUUCCUUUAUUUCUUCACAAAAUAAUUUCAAUCCCACCCCCUUGUCCGUAAAAUAUUUCAUGCGAUGUCUUUAUGAAAAAAGUAAUUUCAGACGUAACCGAACGAUUAAAUCGAACGAAAUAUUUUUUGGAAAGCGAGAAAGACGGAGCCGGUUUAUUUUCAACCGAAUUGUCCGCCUCGAAGAAUCUCGUGUACAACGCGAGAGCUUGAAUAAUUGACGAACCAACCUCGCCAUUUCGCGACGAACAUCGUACAAGGGACAACGGUAUCGCUCGAGAUUAAUUCAAAUAUUUACGUACGACGCAACCUCUGUCCUUCUCACAGCCAGGUUUCGAUGCUGAGAGAGAGAAAGAGAGAGAGAAAUUGUACCGCGAUACCGUCGACGAUGGUAAUAAGCAAUUAUACUCGUUUCCUUCCAGAUAAGCGACGAUAAUUUUUGCUCGCUCAUACAUACUAAAUACAUAUAUAUAUAUAUAUCGCAAAAACGACGACCCAUUUCCUGGAAUAGUACCAAUCGUUUUCUUCACGUCUGUCUAAAUAUUUAGGAUUUUAUGAUGGGUUGAAGGUGUAACUCGCGUAAACUAAGCGAUGCAGUUUCUUCGAGUUUUAUGACUAUUCUAAAAACUCGCCUCUCAAAAAUGAGGUCAAUAUUUGGAGAUACAAUUUUUUCUUCCACGUUUUAUCUCUCUCUCUCUCUUUUUUUAAUCGAAUUUUAUCGGUAUAUCUCGAAUUCGAUAUUCUCGAGAGAAUUUGACAACGCGCCUCGUUAAUUAACCGUUCGUCCUUUGGGAGCCGAGCAACACCAUCCUCGAUUAAUUAUUAAUCAAGAAGAGGAUUUCUCCUUCGUAAUUUCGGAUGAUUCACCCGAGAUUGAGAAUUGAUCGAAGGGAAGGAAAAGUCGAUUUGAAAAAAUCUGAUAAAUAUCGGUUGACAAAGUUUAAAAAAAGAAAACUUCGACUUAUUUUCCACUUUGUAAAUUCUUCCCUAACCUCAUAAUCGAAUCUGCGUGUAAUUCGUCGUGAAACAAUAACGUCCCACCUUCCAACACUUGUAAUAUUUAUCCGAACUAUCCUUCGAUUUACAUUAAACGGUGCAGAAAGAUGAUAACAAUAACAAUAAAAACAAUAAUAAUAAUAAUUGAGACGCGUCGAAGAGAGCUGCCACUUGACGACACGUUCCCAUUGCUCGUUAUCGAUUGAACUAUAUCGUUCCCCCCCCCCCACAUUCGUCGAUAUUAUACAACAAGUUUAGGCGUAUAGAAAGAGAGAGAGAGAGUUUAGAAAAGGUUUAUUACUCCGCUAUUUUUAUUAUUUAGGUUUAUUAUUUUUAUUAUUAUUCCACAGCGAAUUACAUGCACGAAAUUGUGUGUUGUUAUUAUAUUGGGAUGGAAAGGUGAGGGAGAGUUGGGAAUUUUUGGAAAUUGGAGAAAUUCGAGAUUUAUAUUUUUAUGCAAAGUCGAAUUUUUCACGCACACGGAGACUCGAUUCAUUCCUCGAAUUCGUAUACGAUCGUCGAUGCUUUGAAUUUCGCGGGCUUUUGUGAGCGUCUUUUCAGACAGCUCGCGGCUUGAAAAUAUUUUCGUCGUUCAUUUUGUGUUUGGUUUUUUGUUAAUAUGCAGUAUAUGGAUAAAGAGUCGGAAAAGUGAACUAAAAAUAAUGUUACUUUGUCGUAGCGAUUGUUAUAAUCGAUGCAUUUUUCGUAUAAUCUUGGCAUUAUUAUCACUGCGUUUUGAACGAUAAAUUAUCGAAAUAAUUUAUAUGGGAAAAAAUAAAUUUUCGCUUCGGAAAUUCUAUCGUUCGAGAUUUCGCAAAUCAUUCGAAUUUUUACGUCAUAAUCUUGAAACGAUAUCGAUCGAAAAUGAACAGCAGAAAAUGGAAGCGAUCACAGCGAUUACUCCAAGGCGAGGUAAAUAUACAAAAGAGAUAAUUUUCGUUUCCCACUUGAACGUUCGUUGCGAUGUAAUUAAAAUAAAAAUCGAUAAGCGAAAAUAUUUCUUAAUUACGUAAAAAUCGUUGGACCGAUUACGAAGAAGAGGAUUUCUCCUUCGUAAUUUUGGAUAGAAAAGGAUAGAAAAGGAGAAAGAAGGAGGGGAAGAAACGAACGGAGCGGGAUUCCGAUUGGGGGAGAAAAAAAUAAAUAAAAAGAAAAAAAAACUGAAAUGACGUUUUCGACGUUCUCGUGACACGUGCGUAAUAAUCGAACGAUCCGAGCCAAGUCGAUUGAUCGAUAGCACACUCGAAAACUAGAUUAAAAGCCAUCGAUAAUAGUUUAACUGCGCGUCUCUUGACCUCCUCUGCACAACGUAGAAAUCUAUUAAUAUAUCGAGAAAGGUGAUGAUUCGAUCGAGAUAAAGCCCUCGAACCGAUUCAAGAAAAAGAUUUUAGAUUAGUUUUCGAGAUCGUUGAUACUACAAUUAACAACGUCGAUUUUCACUAUAAAAACCGGCGGAUCGAUUCGUGUUCGUAUUCCACUUCAUCGCCAUCGACCAGGUGGAAAAGAAACUCUCAACGAUGCGCAACCUUGUCGCCGUUCUUGCCCUCCUGGCAAGCUUGGCUGCCGGAAACCCGGCCGAUCGGUUGGACGUGGUGCAGAGGAUGGACGGUCGGAUCGUGGGGGGCGAGGCGACGACGAUCCACGAGGCGCCGUACCAGGUCUCCCUUCGAAAGGACGGUUACCACAUAUGCGGUGGCAGCAUCAUAAGCGCCAACUGGGUGCUGACCGCUGGCCACUGCUCCUCUUACUCCCCGGCCUCGUACGAGAUACGCUCCGGCUCGACCAACGUGAACUCGGGCGGCGCGCUGCACAAGGUCGAGCGGAUCAUCAGGCACAAGAGGUACGCGACCGAUCUGAACGGCAUACCGUCCAACGACAUCGCCCUCUUCCGCAUCCAGGGCGCGUUCGAAUUCGACGCCUCGAGGAAACCGGUCCAACUCUACCAAGGGGACUCGGCCUCCCUCGUCGGCAAAUACGGCUUGGUGACCGGCUGGGGGCAGACCGUCGUCAAGAUUCCUGCCGUCCUCCACAAGGUCUCGGUGCCCCUCGUCCCGAAAAUGGAAUGCGACAAGGAUUACUCGAGGUUCGGCGGCGUGCCCCAGGGCGAGUUGUGCGCCGGAUUCCCGGAGGGGGGCAGGGACUCUUGCCAGGGGGACUCGGGAGGGCCGCUGGUCGUCGAUGGAAAUUUGGUCGGCGUCGUCUCUUGGGGCAUGGGGUGCGGCACACCUAAAUACCCCGGCGUGUACACGGACGUGGGUUAUUACCGGGAGUGGGUGAGGGAGAACAGCGGGGUCUGAAAAUUGGGGCACGAUAUUUUGGAACAAUCGGAAUUGGCGAUGAAGGAUAUUGCUUAAGGGAUUAACUCGGACGAAAUGAUUUCUCUUUUUCUUCCUUUUCUUUCCUAUUCUCGCUUUUACGACGUUAAGUAUUAAGGUUAGGUAGUUUCGAAGUAUGGUAAUUUUAAAACUUGUAGACGAUAAUCGUGUGUAUAUAUUUGUAUAUGUGUAAAAAUUGGUUAUAUUAAUUGUAUUAAUUGUAUAUUAAUUGUAAAUAAAGAUUGUACAGAGUAAAUAAAAA